AUGGCACCUCAGCUCCAGGGCCAGAGCUGUAACAUGAAAACGCCUGUUCUGGGUAACGCUAGGGCUAAAGUGGAUCUAUUUCAGGUGCUGUACUUCAGGAGGCUGGUUCGCAGAGACAUGACCGAGUGGACGCUGCUUAAGAGGCUGCUGGACGCUGUUCACCAGCACUCUACCAUGAUCGGACGGCUCUGGCUCACCGUCAUGGUCAUUUUCCGCCUGCUCAUCGUGGCCGUGGCAACGGAGGACGUCUACACGGACGAGCAAGAGAUGUUUGUGUGUAACACCCUUCAGCCGGGCUGUUCCAACGUGUGCUACGACGCGUUCGCGCCUAUCUCACAGCCACGGUUCUGGGUCUUCCAGAUUAUCACCGUGUCCACCCCUUCCCUCUGCUUUAUCAUCUACACCUGGCACAACCUGUCCAAGCAGCCAGAGGGGGAGCAGGGGCGGGAGGCCCGCGAGGCCUACGAACGGAGUUGCGACUCCGACAGCUGCUCCAUUAAGUCUCACAGGCACCUGGGCCAUAGUCUGGCUGACGUGCUGGAGGGAAUCACUGGUCAGAGCGCACAGAAGAGCACCUGUGUGUCUCUGGCCCACUCUAAGGUCCUCCAAGAGAGUGGCAGCGGGAACUCCUCAGGGGUCCUUUCUAAAUACUAUGUGUUCCACGUGUGUUUCCGCACCGUGCUGGAAGUGGGUUUCGUGUUGGCCCAGUGGCUGUUGUUUGGGUUCCAGGUGCCUGCUCAUUUUGUGUGCACCACAUCACCCUGCAUGCAGAGAACGGACUGCUACGUCUCACGACCCACCGAGAAAACCAUCUUUCUGGUUUUCAUGUUUUGCGUUGGUGUCUUCUGCAUUUUCCUCAACUUCCUAGAGCUUAAUCACUUGGGCUGGAAGAAGAUCAAGAAGUCCAUGCGGGGUAAGGAGAGCUCGUGGAGGGGAUACGGAGCUAUAAACCAAGACGUUCAAUCGGUGGCAUCACUCACCUUCAGAGACGUGACUAGCACCACCUCACUCCCUACUCUGGACCUGGUGGUGGACCACCGGCCUGACUGGACCUGUACUGGUAACUGCUCUACGCUGAAGGAAGAGAGAGAGGAUUCAUCACAGACAGACAACCACAGGGGAACACAGUCUCUUAAGAGCAAAACUCAAUCACACAAAGGAAGGGUGUCCAAACAGCGGAGUGCAGAGGUCUGGAUAUGA